ACGGCUCAGUGAGCUACAUUAUUCGUUUGUGGAAAGAGUUUAAAACUUUAUUCGAUAUGAAAUCUGAGCUGGACUCUGACUUUUCGUUUAACCAAGUGGCCACUCAAAUCCGCGAGUUACGCGGAGAAAAAGGUAUUGCCGCCUCAACUUUAAAAAGUUUCUACCAACGAAAAAACGAACCCGAGGAGGAGAACACUAGAAGCCAUCCAAGAAUGGAUUGA